AUGGCAAGUAGAUACUCCCCGACCCAGCGCGGUGCCAGAAGCGUCUACGCUGGCGGCUACAGCGACACCAUCAAGAGACAGCUGGACAGGGUUGUCAUCCCAGAGAAGAUCAAAUGCGAGGUCUGCAAGAAGUUUCGCAUCCAGGACUAUUACUCCAAGCGUCAGAUAGACAACCUUCGCAAUGCCAUCGCCGUUCAGGGGGCCAGAGCUGCACAUCAGGCUCAUGCAAAGUGCAGAGACUGCGUCGGUGGCCCGAAUCUCGAGAUCCGUUGCUUCGUCUGCGAUCAGACAAAGGGGCUGGAGGACUUUGCAAAAAACCAGCGACAGAACCGUGACACUGCCAGAUGUCUGAGUUGUGUCCAGAACCAUGCCGACGUAGAACCACUCCUCGAAGAGAACAAACACCUUCUGGAGAUCGAGGGAAUGGCCCCUAGCAUUGCCGCGAGCCAGGUCGGAGACACGAUGUCCGCGGAUGCCACCAGAAGAUCUUCAGAGAAGAGUGAAGAUGACGAGAUAUCUUCUGGAGGCGUCUGGCUCGAGAAAGGAAAAAGCAAGGGGACCACCGCGGGAAAGGUUUCCGGACAUCAGUACAACGCCUAUGACUCCCAGGGCAAUCUGCACCGUCACUCCGCAACACCCUCACAAGCCAGCCCAUCUGUUCAUGGGGGAUGGGGAUCAUGGGGUGUCACUGCCGCCUCGUCGAAAGCUGCCUUGAGCAGUUACAACUAUUCAUCCCCGACUCCGAAGCGGUCCAACUUCGCCAGGAUUCCGGCUGCACGCACCGAGAGAUCUGGCGCACCCACUAUUUGUGAACCCAAGGAAGCCCGCGAUGCUGUUGAGUCCGAUGACGAAGACGAUAACAAGGACCUCGAAGAUUACCUGUAG